CUCCCAAAUUGUAAAAUCAUGGAAUGUUCUCGAAAGCUGACGAGUAUAACAUAACAUAUUCACAUUUCGUUUUCAACCAAAUCCCUUGCUUUAAUUUCCCUCCCAAACCUAAAAACAUUUCUUCCUACAUCUCAUUUCAAUUUCAAUAUCAUCAGAUAAUUUUGUAAUAUAGAACCAAAAAAAAAAAAGAUAGGAAGAAAGGGAAAAAUGUCACCAAUAGUGGGUCUCACUGGGGUGGCCAAACUAGCAGAACAACUAAAGCAAGAUGGAAAUAAUUAUUUCCAGAAAAAUCGAUUUGGGGCUGCCAUUGAUGCAUACACAGAGGCUAUUACAUUGUGCCCAAACGUUCCCAUAUAUUGGACGAAUCGCGCUUUGUGCCAUCGGAGACGCAAUGACUGGACAAGAGUAGAGGAUGAUUGUAGGAAGGCUAUUCAGCUUGAUCACACUUCUGUUAAGGCGCACUAUAUGCUUGGUCUUGCAUUGCUACAGAAAGAACAAUACGUGGAAGGAGUAAGAGCAUUAGCAAAGGCAUUGGAUCUCGGAAGAGGUGCUAAUCCAAAGAGUUACAUGGUUGAAGAGAUCUGGCAGGAGCUUGCAAAAGCAAAAUACUUGGAGUGGGAGCAUGAAUCUUCGAGACGCACUCGGGAACUAAAGAAAUUGAAAGAAGCCUGCGAGUCAGCUCUCAAGGAGAAACAUGAGCUUGAUAGCUCUCAGAUGGAAGGGUUCAUAGACGAUAAUUCGACAUCCCUGUUGAAACAAUUGGAUGCCUUAGGCAUGGUUUUCAGGAAAGCUGCGGAAGAUGAUACUCCCUCCGAGGUACCAGAUUACUUAUGCUGCAAGAUCACACUUGACAUUUUUCGUGACCCUGUCAUUACGCCCAGUGGGGUUACAUAUGAAAGGUCAGUGAUCGUUGACCAUCUGCAGAAGGUUGGAAAAUUUGACCCGGUUACGCGAGAAUCCCUUAAGGAGUCUCAGCUGGUUCCAAAUUUUGCCAUAAAAGAAGCUGUACAUGCAUUUUUGGAUAAGCAUGGCUGGGCAUACAGGAUGGACUCAACAUGCUACUAAUACCGAGAGAUGGCGGGGUGGUGGAGGAUGGCAUUAUGGGAGAGUGAGUCUACUAGGUCUCUCAUAUUGGACGCCACAUCCAGCCUUAUGGCGCACAUUAACCCUGGUUUACCGUGUAAUGUUUGUUCUUACAAUUGUACAGGAGUCCUUUUGUGAUGGUUGGUUGGUGUUCAUUAAUUGUACAGUGUCUGUAGCCUGUUUUUAUACGAUGGUUAUAGCAAUCUUGUUGCUUACAUGAAGGAUAAUCAAAAGAAUCAAUUGAGCGAUU